AAAGCUCCAGCCCUGUCAAGUCUCAACAAUACAAAGAAUUUUAGAAUCGGUGCAUAAAAACAAGAGAAACGAGAGCUUUGAUUAUACUUAUUUAUUUAGUUAAUUCCAUUUAAUAUGGCGAACCAAGAUGAAAUCUCAGCCCUUAACCGCAUCAAGCUGCAUCUCUUGGGUGAACUCUCACCGCUCGGAACACCAGAGUUCACUAAAAGCAAACUCUGGCUUCAAAUAGACGAACCCUCCACAGACCCUAAUUUCUCUUUUCAUCAAUCAGAAUGCCAAUCUCAAUCUCAGUCUGAAUUUUCCCCUACCGACUCCUCAAUUUCUCUCAACCACUACUUCACCGAUCUUCCCCUCUUUGAAUUCGAUUCAAAACCUCAAGUGAUCGACCUUGAAUCCGACCUCGAAGCACCCAAAACCCUGCCUCAAAGUAAUCCCCAAAUCGAGAUGAACAAGGCUCAUCGCCUCAACCGGAAACCGUCGCUGCAAAUCUCGCUCCCGAAGAAGAAAACCGAAUGGAUUCAGUUCGGAAACCCGGAUCCGAAACCCGAGGCUGUGGAACCGUUCGUUCAGCAGCAGCAGCAGCAACAACAACAACAACCGGAGCCAGAGAAGAAGCACUACAGAGGCGUUCGCCAAAGGCCGUGGGGAAAAUUCGCCGCGGAAAUUCGUGACCCGAACAAACGAGGGUCCAGAGUGUGGCUUGGAACCUUCGACACCGCCAUCGAAGCCGCCAAGGCCUACGACCGCGCUGCCUUCAAGCUCCGAGGAUCCAAGGCGAUCUUGAACUUCCCUCUCGAGGUUGAAUCCAUGACCACCUCUGCUUCUGCUUCCACCUGCGGCGAUGGCGGUGAUAGGAAGCGCCGCCGCGAAGAAGAGGAAGUGGCGCCGAUGACGAAGGCGGUGGAGGAAGAAGUUGUUGAGGUGGUUAUGCCGGUGGUGAAGAAGGAGAAGACGACUUUUGAAUCGGAGGUUAACUGUAUAAGGGAGCUUCCGUUAACGCCGUCCAUUUGGACGGGGUUCUGGGACAGUGAUGUGAAGGGAACAGGAAUGGGAAUAUUUAGCGUGCCGCCGUUGUCACCGUUAUCUUCUCCCCUUGCUGUUAUGGUUGUGUGAAAUGUCAACGUUUACGGCUGCUUUGUAUUCUUUCAUUCCAUGUUUAUUGCAGCUUGCUUCCUUUGUAGAGA